AUGGGCAUCCCACGAUUCGCGUCACGCCUGAGUGCGUAUUCGCAGCCGAUCGUCCUGAAUGGAUCACUGCCAUCACGCAUAGCCAUUGUGGACGGUCCUGGCCUGGUUCAUCACAUCUACUAUAGGCUAUGCGAUAAGCUCAAGGGAGCGUUCGGAUAUGAUGACUGCGCCAAGGGUACUGUUGCCUGGCUGAACACGCUCAAGUCCUUUGGAUUUGCGAUUGAAGCAAUAUUUUUCGACGGCGCGCUGCCUCCUAGCAAGAAAGAUGUUCGAAUCGAGCGUCUACAGGCUUACAUUGCCCGACUUCAAGCAUUCAAGCAAAACUCAUCGGCCAGUCUCUCAUCUAUGUCGCCAGAGCUGCGCAAAAGCAUGCCACCGCCGCCUUUUGUCGUAUUUGCCGUUGUAGAGGAGCUUUUACGCUCAGAAUAUCACUCGUGUAUACACGUGGUGCCUGGUGAGGCCGAUCCGUAUUGUGUUGCGGCGGCGAGGUCGUUUGCGGUGACCAAUAAAGACGACACAAUCGUGACGAUCUUCUCUGACGACAGUGAUUUGCUCGUCUACGACUCUGGAGAGAGCACUCGCAUCAUCACCCUUCGAGAUAUUUCCGAGACCAGAGACGGAGACAAUGUAUUGUGGUCAGGAUCGGAGUACUGGCCAUCUCAAAUCGCCGCAAAGGCUCCCAAACCAACUGUCGAUCUGAUAAGACCCGCCUAUGUGAUGUCUAAAGACUUGUACACCUCGCUCGAGAAGGCCUUUCGCAAGAUUGACGCUACGGUGCCUAGCGAAGAUGCAGACUUCGACGCUUUUGCCAAGACCUUCUCUAUCGUCGCAGAGGAGGCAGACUGGACAAGGAUCAAAAGUAGCCCGGGAUCUAAUAGCGACCUGGCAUCGAGGGACUCUCGUGUUUCAGAGUUGAUCUGGCAGCUUCAGCAGCUUCGACUUCUGGACAACGGUGUCGGUCAAGGUGGCCUGCGAUUGUAUCUGCCCUUCCUAACGGAUGAUAUUGCGAGAUCCACCGCAUGGAAUGUCGCUGCGGAUAUUAGGCAGCUUGCAUACUCUGUGCUCCUCAGGAGCUUUAAGUGUGACACUGCCAUUCAGGAGUACAGACGAAGUGGCACUAGGGUGGCGUCUGUGCUUGUCGACAAGCUCUCUGAUGUGGAAACCACCAAAGAAUUGGAAGCGUUGUCUGACCACGUUACAGACCUCCUAAGCUGGGUAGACACAAGCACCCAGCUAGAAGAGGGCCAAGUAUGGACCUAUCUCGCUAUACAGCAUGUUCUGAGGUACUGUAUUGCGGACAAUCAAUCUCUGCCCAGCCUAGACGACAUCAUUAGAGCGACCAUUGGCCGGAAGGAACGCAAGUGGCAUAUCUUGCACUUGAAUGCCCAGUUCCAAGCGGCAUUCUACAGCUUUCGCAUCUUGAAACAAACCCUGUCAUAUGUUCUGGGGCAGGACAGAGAAGCAAAURCCGAAGCACCUCUGGCAAAGCUCAGCGCUCAGCUGGGUGGUUUACCUCGCAUCACUGUGUUUUUCGCUGAAAGAGAUGCCGACAGUCGUAUGCGCGGGGAUGAUGCCUGGCGGACAGUGUUGGGCGAGCUACUCACCACACUGACGAUCCACAAAGAUGGUGAAGCGGAUCCCCACGAUCAGGAAUUUAGACCCCGAAAAAAGGCCAAGAAGAACAAGAAAUCGGAGCCGAAGAGCAGUGCUUUGGCCGUCAAUCCAUUUGCAAUGCUAUCUGAGGACUAA